AUGCCUGCUCCCAAGAGGGGGGACAAGAAAAUAAAUCAUGUACAAAAUGUCUGUCCCCAGAUUGCCAACGAGGGCUCUCGUGGGGCCCCCUCCGGGGCCACACCCAGACCAGGGGUCUCUGACCCCCCUAGACGACCACGACUGAAUCAGGGCACCGUAAACAGCCAAAACAGCGGGCCCCCACGAGCAACCCCCAAGCCGAAAGGGGGAACGAAACGGCCGGGGCCGGAGUCCGACUCUGAGGGCAUUUGGCCCCCAAGGCGUUUCCCGCAAUUUAAGGCCCCCUUUAAAACCCCCGAAGGUUUCGACAAUCCCUACAAAGGAAAGGGGCAUUGGAACCAGCGCAAAAUGGGCGUCGAUGGGUUGGCCCAAUACGGACACCACCAGGCAUCACGCCUGGAGCCGGCGCCGUCAGGAAAGAGGGGGCCCCUAAAAACGGCAAGAGGUUCUAAGAAGCGACCAGCUUUGUUCCUGCCCCCCCCAGGCACCUCGUCUGGGGGAGGAACAAACGAAAAAGGGGUUCCCGACUCCAAGAGGAAAAAAGUCCCCCCACCGAAACCGGAGAUCCCGACAACAGGAUUCCCCCGGAACAUCUGUGGUUUCUCCUCAGGGGUGCCUCCUCCACGCAAUAGUGCUCAAGGAGCAUGA